UUCCAGGUCUUCUUCCUUUCCACUCCGAGACGGCAGCGAAGAAGAAGGAAGAGAGAGAGAAAGAGAGAGGAGCGAUGGUGGCCAUGGAAACGAUGAUGAUGGUCAUAACGAUGAUGGCCAUGAUGAUGGUCAUGACACGUGCGGGCGAUAACAACCCUGUGUUCAACCCGUGCGCUGACACGAAGAUCCAGAAAUCGGACGGGUUCACUUUCGGACUCGCCUUCUCGAGUCGUGAAUCGUUCUCCUUCAACCAGACUCAGCUCUCGCCCUGCGAUCGCCGCCUCUCGCUUUCCUCCCCCGCCAGGCUCGCCGUUUUCCGCCCUAAGGUCGACGAGAUCUCCCUCCUCACCAUCAACACCACCGGAAACUUCUCUCCGGAAAAUUCUGGUGGGAACAUGGUUGCGUUUGCCGGCCGAAAGUAUGCAGCGAGAUCCCCUCCCACUUUUGUUGCAAACGGUACCUACAUCAUAACUAGCUUUACACUGGUAUUUGAAUUUCAGAAGGGUAGGCUGCAGAACUUGUACUGGAAGAGAGAUGGAUGUGCAUCUUGUUCUGGGAACACUAAUUUUGUCUGCCUCAACAAGCAGGACUGUGCAAUCAGACAAUCCACUUGUAAAGGCAAUGGGGGCAAUGUUGAUUGCAGCCUCGGCAUACAGCUGGCCUUCUCGGGUACAGAUAAGCACAGUGUCGUGCUCAAUUCAUGGUAUGAGGUUUCCAAUCUCCGCCAGUACUCCCUCUAUGGCCUGUACUCCAACCUCAGGGAUUCUCUCACUAGUCAGUACAACAGGUUUUUCUAGUGAUCUUUCUACACUGAGAUCCAUCUUCCACCGGAUAUUGCUGUUGUAAUUUCUUUCUUGUCUUAUCUGUUUCUUGCUUUACAACUUGUCUGCAUGUGUCAUCUUUUCCAUGGAAAGCGUGUUGUAAAAAUUUAUGAGGACUAUUGCGCGACAAUUUGACUGAUUUUAAUGGAUUUGAUUAUUUCUUUUGUUGA